AUGUCGGGCUUGGGCCUUGCCUCUGCCCCCUCCGGCGGCGCGACCGGCGCAGGCAGCGCCGCCGGCGGCGGCUCGGGGCCCAACCCCAUCUCCACGCAGCACCCCAGUAUCCUGCCGCUGCGCCUGGAGGGCGGCGACGUCGUGGUGGCUGCUGCGGCCGCGCCGGCCGCGGAUAGCGUGCUGCUCAGCGGGCUCGCCGCGUCGCUCGCGCCCAACCCGCGCGACUCGCCGCCCAACGCGCUCGUUUUCGGCGUGGCCAGCCAGGGCGGCCCUGUCAGCCAGCUCGACGCGGUCGUGGGCUCGCUCAAGUUCCGGCGCUUCCUGGCGUGCGCGCGCAACAAGCUGUGGUGGAUGACGCCCGAGUGGGGCAGCACGCUGGCGCGGCUGCCGCCGGAGACUCAGUUUCUGCUGCUGGAGCUGGAGGAGCCGGGGACCUACGGGCUGGUGCUGCCGCUGAUUGACGGCGACUUCAGGGCAACGCUGCGGCCCAACAAGUGA